AUGGCUCCUACAUCGAAGAUGUACAAAGUUUCUGCUAUCUGGGAAGCUACAUUUCGAACAACGGCGGCAGUCGGCAAGACAUACAGUACAGGCUAUCGAAAGCGAAGCAAGCGUUUGGAACCCUUAACAAAAUCUGGCGUUCAUCCAACAUCACACAACGCACUAAGAUACACCUGUGCUGGGUUCACAACCCGCCUCGUCAAAAAUAUUGUGACUCAUCAUCAACCAAACAAAAAACAUAAAACAAGUCAAAAAAAACGGAAGCGUGAUAUAAUUCUGGGAACAUGGAACGUACGUACGCUGCUGAGAGCAGGAGCACUACAAGAAACAAUUAAGCAAAUGGAAAAAUACAACGUUGACGUGCUAGCGGUCCAAGAAGUACGGUGGCAAGGAUGUGGUGAAAUUGAAUGCAACGGUACAAAAUUCCGUUUUAGUGGUAUCGCUGAAAGGUCUGGUAGGUCUGGGACUGGAUUUCUGCUUAACAAACGAGUGGAAAAAUCGUUUUUGGGCUUCAGACCAAUAAAUGACAGAAUAUGUGUAAUCUCCCUUAAAGGAAUGUUUAGCAAAUUUACGCUGAUAAAUGCCUAUGCUCCAACAGAAGACGCAGAUGAUAUCGCUAAAGAGACCUUUUAUACAGACUUAGACGAGGCAUUGAGCAAAAUUCCAUCACAUAAUACAAAAAUAUUACUUGGAGACUUCAAUGCAAAAAUUGGAAGAGAACAAUACAUUUCUAAUGUAGCUGGCUUACACUCACUACACACCGUGUCAUCAGACAAUGGUAAACGGUUGUGUCAGCUCGCAACUGGCUCCGGUAUGUACAUUAGCAGCACGCAUUUUCCACACAAAAACAUACAUAAGGGGACAUGGCAGCUACCAGGCUCAACAACAGCCAACCAAAUAGAUCAUGUUCUUAUAGACCAUAUUAAGAAAUCGUUUAUCCUUGAUGUUCGUAGCUGUAGAAGUGCGAAUGUCGAUAGCGACCAUUUUCUGGUAAAAGCCACAGUAAGACAAAGUCUAAAGGGCGUGCGUAGAAAUUACGGAUCUAGAAGGAAAAAAUGGGACGUUGACAAGUUACAUGAUAGCGAAACGGUCCAACAAUAUGAGCAGAGAGUAAACGAAUCACUUAGACAUAUCACGAACUAUACCAAUAUAAACGAGCAUUGGAAAGUUUUUGCAAAUUCAAUCACAAAAGCAGCAGAAGAAACCGUUGGUGUGAAAAGAAAUCGUAGACGCAACAAUUGGUUUGAUAACGACUGUGCAGUCGCAGUGGAAGCUAAGAAUGUAGCCAGGGAGCAAAUAAAAAAAAAAGAAGCCGUCAAUAGAGAAAUCCUAGACAUCAAUAGAGAUUUUGCAGAUCGAAAUGCUAAAGGUUUCUUCCACAACAUCAAGCAUCAAACGAAGGGUUUUCAAGCGCGAAUCAACAUGUGUAAAGACAAAGAUGGGGAACUACUAGUAGAAAAAGAGGGCAUUAUCAAAAGAUGGCAGGAACAUUUUCAAGAACUUUUCAACAUUGGUUCGGAAAGUAAUAACCUAUCCUUAACAGACUUAGCUACAAGUACAGAACAAGAACCUGAACCCAGUCUUGAGGAAUUUACAGAAGCCAUAAAGCAAAUGAAAAACGGAAAAUCACCCGGUGAAGAUAGUAUAUCAGCAGAGCUCAUUAAACAUUGCGGAGAAAGCGCAAAAAUAGAGCUGUUUACAUUAAUCAAGCGUGUCUGGGCUGAAGAAAGGCUGCCGGAAGCGUGGCUCACUGGCGUAGUAGUACCACUGCACAAAAAAGGUGACAAACUAGAUUGUAAUAACUACCGAGGCAUAACGUUGUUAAGCUCAUGUUACAAAAUUUUUACAUGCAUUUUAAACAAGCGACUAAAGAAUGCAGCGGAGGAAAUCUUAGGUGAAUACCAAGGGGGCUUCAGACCGAAUCGUUCAACGACCGAUCAAAUAUUCCUGCUUAAACAGAACUUGGAAAUGAGUUAUGAGUUCAAUGCAGUAGUGCAUAUCCUUUUCAUCGACUUCAAACAAGCAUUUGACAGCAUCGAUUGA